AUGGAGAACCUAACAUUCACUCCUCUCACUCAGCCGAUUGUGUUUGAACUGGAGGGCUUCGACGUUCCACCAGGACAUGGUCCGCUCUUCUUCUUCUUGGCCCUGUUUGCCUACAUGGUGGUGCUGCUGGGGAACGGUGUGGUGAUCUGUGUCAUCAUGACGGACCGGAGCCUGCACAGACCCAUGUUUGUGAUGAUCUGCCACCUGGUGGUCUGUGACCUGCUGGGCGCCACGGCGGUGCUUCCCAGCCUCAUGAUGCACUUCUUGAUGGGGCAGAAGAAGAUCAGCUACCUCGCUGCCAUUAUUCAGGGCUUCUGUGUUCACACAUACGGAGUUGCAAUGCACACUAUCCUGGGGGCGAUGGCUGUUGACAGGUAUGUGGCAGUGUGUGAGCCUCUCAGGUAUCACUCCAUCAUGACUUCGGCUCGGCUGCACAGCUGCUGCGCUGUGGCCUGGAUCGUUGCUCUGCUGCUCGUCGCUGUGCUCUUCUCCUUCCACGUAAAUCUCCCUUACUGCAGGCGAACCAUUCAGCACGUCUACUGCAGCAAUAAGUCCAUGAUGAAUCUGGCCUGCGCUCCGCCUCUUAUCAGCAACAUCUACGGUUUAUUCAUCACCUGGUUUGUGAGUACAGGGAUGUUCGUCGUCAUCGCUUAUUUCUACAUCAGGAUCCUGAGAGCUGCUGUGAAGCAGGGCAGGAGCGACAGCAGCAUCCGCACCAAGGCCUUCCAGACAUGCGCAUCACACUUUGUUGUGUAUGUCUUCUAUGAGUUAGCCACACUGAUUAUAGUCGUUAACUACAGAUUUCCAUCCACCUCCCAAAACAUCAAUAAGUUUCUCGGCAUCCUGUUCAUCAUCGUCCCUCCGGCCAUCAACCCCAUCAUCUACGGGCUGGUCAGUAAGGACCUGCGCUCCAGCAUCAUCAAGCGCUUUUCUACCAGAACCGCUCUACUUGUGUGGAUGGAGAACCUAACAUUCACUCCUCUCACUCAGCCGAUUGUGUUUGAACUGGAGGGCUUCGACGUUCCACCAGGACAUGGUCCGCUCUUCUUCUUCUUGGCCCUGUUUGCCUACAUGGUGGUGCUGCUGGGGAACGGUGUGGUGAUCUGUGUCAUCAUGACGGACCGGAGCCUGCACAGACCCAUGUUUGUGAUGAUCUGCCACCUGGUGGUCUGUGACCUGCUGGGCGCCACGGCGGUGCUUCCUCGCCUCAUGAUGCACUUCUUGAUGGGGCAGAAGAAGAUCAGCUACCUCCCAGCUAUUGCUCAGGGUUUCUGUGUUCACACGUACGGCGUUGCAAUGCAGACCAUUCUGGGAGUGAUGGCUGUUGACAGGUAUGUGGCAGUGUGUGAGCCUCUCAGGUAUCACUCCAUCAUGACUUCGGCUCGGCUGCACAGCUGCUGCGCUGUGGCCUGGAUCGUUGCUCUGCUGCUCAUCGCUGUGCUCUUCUCCUUCCACAUGAACGUCCCGCUGUGCGGCCAACUGGUCCAACAUGUCUACUGCAGCAACCGGGGCAUCCUGAACCUGGCCUGCAUUCCCACGGCUGCCAACAACAUCUAUGGUCUGGCCAUGACCUGGUCUGUGAGCACCGGGGUGUUUGUCAUCAUUGCUUUUUCCUACAUCAGAAUCCUGAGUGCCUCCUUUAAACGGCAGAGGAGCAACAGCAGCGUUCACAGGAAGGCCUUGCAGACCUGUGUGCCUCAUCUCGUUGUGUAUGUGCUCUAUCAGAUAGCCUCAGUUAUCAUCAUUGUCAGUCUCAGGUUCCCCUCUGUCUCCCAGAACAUCAGGAAGUUCUUUAGCAUCCUCUUCAUCAUAGUUCCACCAGCUCUCAACCCCAUCAUCUACGGUCUGGUCAGCAAAGACUUACGAUCCGGCGUUACGAAGCUUUUCUCCUUGCAAGUCAUGAGAGUGUGUCACAAGGAGUGA